GAUUCGAAAUGAAAAUUAAGCGAAUCAAAACAAAGAUGGAAAAAAUCGAAACAUUCCACAGCUCGAAUAGAAAACAAUCAUUCUGACAUAGUAUAUUUUACGAAUUUAAGUUAUAUUUGGCAAACACGAAUUUUAGUUUAAAGACAACCGGGUGCACGAAUAAAAAGGGGUAGAAAAUUCGCGUAGUAAAACUUAUGAAGAAAUCGCAAAAGUGAGCGGUCCAGCGGUUCUUUCUGGAACACUAGGUGACUAGAAGUGCAGACCAAUCGCUCCAGCUUCCCAGCGAAUCAGACCAAAGGCUAAAGAUAAUCGAGACUGUGAUGGCGGAGGAGAGAAGCGAAUUCCUGGAAGCGUAUGCUGGCAUCAAAACAGCCUACAAAACGGCCAUGACUCAGGUGGACCAGGCCGUAAGUCACGAGGAGCAGGAUUCCCCAGCCCAAGCCAUUGAGGCCUACGAGCUGGCCCUGCGUAUGAUAGAGAACACCUUCGGAAUUCCAGUUGGUCUUCCCGAUAAGAUCGACAACGUGCAGGUGGAGUGGAACGAUGCCUGUGCGCUGAUCCAAAAGCUCAAAAGCGCUGAGUCGGAAUUGAGAUACCGUCUUAAGGUACUGCGAUCCCAGAACCAGUCCAUUGAUGAUAAAACCAUGGAGGCUAGGGAGGAAAAUCGAACUGAGUUGGGAGCAAAGAGCGCGUUGCUGUCGAAAAAUCCCUCCACGCAUUAUGAUAUAGCCAAUGCUAGUGGAACACCAAAAACCUACAGGGAGCUGGCUGCCGGGUUGCGGGAGCUCUUAGCUGUACGGAACUCCCAUGUCUUGCUGGAUGAGCUCUUCCGUGCGCAGGUAAAAUUGUACCGGAUCGAAGCCAGUGGAACUGUUACCUCCAUGAGUGGUUCGUCCACUAUGUCAUUGGUAAUGUGUACUGUGGGUGGCAAAUGGAAGUACCUCAGUGGAAUCUACUACAUACAGUGCUCCGUGUCAACUGAAGGGGCUGCAGGGAUUUGGCUCUACCCACUGGUUCCCUCGAUUACAAAAUGCUACCGAACAGAGUACGGAGCCUUUAUUUUUCCGGAUAUGGAGUGCCAGCAGCCGGAAAAUGCGUUUGGUUUGAUGCUAACGAAAGAGGGACAGACCAUGCACUCGGAGAUGAAACUAGAGGACCUUCAGCAGUUCUUCCUUGACUUAUUGGAGGCCGUACUCGCUGGCACGGUGGAGCAGUUAAAAUCUCCGACCUCCCAACGUGCUGACCUCGCUUCAGAUACCGUUUCCGGAUCGGAGCGGGUGUCUAGACACAUUGUGAGUGUGGCUGAUUUUAUUGCUAGUAAUCUGGUAAGGGGAGCCGAGAAUACGGGAGGGUUUAUGCUUACGAGCACUCCGUAUCUAAUUUCCAAGAUGACGCCAGCCUCCGUAGAUGCUCAGGUGCCCAGCUCUGUCCAAACUUCAGUUGAGGUGGCCCAAAAAGUGACGCACGCCGCAGCCGGAAUGACAGGAUGGAUAGCUGGAAAGGUUGGCACUGCCUCAAUGGCAGUCGGUCGCUACCUGGCUCCUCAUAUUCAGGAACAGGGCUCUAAAUUGCUGCAGAAGGGAUUUGGCUACGACAACAGCAAGGCUAAUAGCACCAUGGAGGGCGCCAUGACCAUCGCGGCAGGAGCCGUGGAAGGAGUCAGUACCGUAUUCGAUGGCCUCGAGACUUCAGCCAAGAUCCUGGGUUGCAGUCUUAGUGAAAACUCCGUCAAGAUAAUCGAACACAAAUAUGGUCAGCAGACGGGAAAUCUGGCUAGUGGCACCUUCGACACGGUGGGCAACGUUUUUGUGGUCAGUCAGAACGUAAACUACAUUACUCCGAAGGGCAUUGCCAAGAAAAUGGUCAAACGAACCGGUGAAGCUGCGGUUAGCGACUAUAAACGAGACUUAAGAAAAUCGAAAUCUCAUUUUAUUGAUGCCGGAGCCCUUUAUCCGGAUCUCCGGACUUUAAAAGAAUAGCGCGAAUAGCAAAUGAACAAACUAUAUAUUAUAAUCGUUGAUAUUAAACUAUUGAUACUAUUGAGAAAAAAUUUUAAUGUAAAAAAACGGAUGAGAGAUGUAUGUUACUAACUUCUGAACCACAGAAGGCAAUGACUUAAUUGACGAAAUACAGCAGAUUAAAAAAUAGUGCAAAGACAAACAUCUAAUAAGAACAGUAUAAUUUUUUCUUAAGUUUUAUUUUCCAAAAAACAACUAAAUCAAUUUAAACCGCAGAUUGAAUGCAUAUACUAGAUUCGAUGGAUUCAGGAUGACACGCUCAAUCUUUAGUACAUUUUUUGUGCAAUUUAUGCAAUUUCUUUUUGUCUUUCCAAAUUAUAAAUAGUUUUCUAGCACCCCAACAGCUGAGUAACAGCUAAAUUAUAAUGUACUAACUUUUAUUAUAUUAUUUUAUUAUGCAAAAAAGGCACGUUUUAGAAUUAUUAGCUAUCUUCACUUAUUUAGAACCAAUAACUCUAUUUUAGCAAAGAAUUUCAUAUGACCGCAUUUAAACGCUAUUUUAGAGCGUUAGAACGUAAAUGGCCAUGUAAAUUAUGAAACAAGUGAUGUAUGUAAGUCACUUUAGUUUUACGGUUCGAUGAAAAUCGACCAGAAAACCGCACGGGAAAACUACUAUAAUAAAAGUUUUAUGUUGAGUCUUAUGUUGGUAAAAAGGAACUUAAAUAUAUGACUUUUUUCUCAAACUGCAA